AUGCCCAUCCGCAAGCCUCCCCGCCGGCCUCCAGCCCCCCUGCGCCGCCAGAGCUGGCUCGACCGCCUCCACUCCACCCUCUCGACCCUGGACGACCUCCCUUACGCAGGCAAAGACGUAGGAAUGGGCGAAGGCGACGGCGACGGCGACGGCAUGCGCGACAUCUCCUCCCCCUCCCCUUCCUCCGACAUCCCCAUGCGCUCCCCCUCUCCCCCAUCCAACGAACCCGCAGAACCCGCCACGGGCCGUCGGCGCUUCGCAACCGCCGUGCUGAUCGACCGCAAGGCCGACCGCGCGCACGUCGCUGCGCUGCGGCGCAAGCGGGCGGCGGAGUGGGUGGGGCACACGCAGCCGGCGGCGAAGAGGCGGCGGGAAGAGCAGGGCGGGGCGGAGGGGGAGGGGAGUGGGAGUGGGAUCAAGAAGCGGCGGCCAGCGCUCAAGCCGCCGAAGACGGCGACGAGGGCGUGGAGGGCGGGGCUGCCGACGAUUGAGGAGGAGCCGGAGAGCCCGAGGGGGAUGACGGCGGAUGUGGACUUUUUGCGGAGGUUUGAGGCGGCGAGGCGGAGGUCGGCGAGGCGGGCUGAGAUGGGCGAGACGGCUGCCCGGGAUGAUAGGGGCGGCGAUGGGCUUGGGUUCUUGGACGAUGCGCGGUUGGGGGGUAGAGAUGACGGGCUGGGGUUUUUAGAUUUCGCCGAGGCGGGAUAUCGUUUGAGGGAGCCGAGGGCGCUGUUUAGACGGAGUGGUGAUGGCGACGAUUCAAGUUCCCUGGUGGCUGGCGAUGGAGCACAUCUCGAUCCGAUUACGCUUCAGCUUGCUCUGGCCCCUGUGGAGGAUCUGGAUUGGCAGGCUGUUGGGGAUGAGGGGACGUGGCAUGCUAUUGUGGAGGAUGAAGAUGAGGGGGAUUAUGGGGAUGAGGGGGACGAUGGGUAUGAUGGGUAUGAUGGGGAUGGUGGGGAUGAUGGAGCUAGGAACGUUGAGGAUGCUCUAAUAGCUGGGGAAAGAGAUGAUGAAGAAGGGGGAGUACAUGAAGACGAUGGUGGCGAUUGGCCGCAGGAUGAGUCUAGGGGGAAUGGGAAUGAUCGAGGAGGUCAAAACGAAAACGACGAAGACGAGUUGUGGCACCAUCCGCCCACCAUUAUCGACCUCGACUUCGCUGACCUGCACAACCCAGCGAUUCUUCACCAUUACCUGCUACACAGGCGCAGGGAGCUCCAGAGCUUCGCUCGGGGCCUCACUGUCCAGAACACUGCGGACUUCCGGGCAUUACAGAAUAUGGGCCCUUCAGAGUAUCGCUUUCGCCUAGGAGAAUUAACGCAUGUCGUCCAACAGAUUCACGAGGAGCUGGGCGACCCCGACAACGACUCGGGUAUAAGCCCCCUCCUCCUCAGCGACAUUACCGACCCGGAUGUUUUGACGAUACUGGACCCGCAUCUCCGGGACUUCGCUCGAGGGAUCAUAAAUGCGAAUGCUGCCAGUUUCGAGACCAGGCGGGCGAUGAACGAAACAGAAUACAGAGACGCCUUGACCGACUUGACGAACGCUGUUAUAGAUAUUCGUCAGGGACAGGGGCAAGUCUACGCAGGUUGCCAGAGCAGCUCCGAUGGCCCCAGUGACGCAAAUAUCAAUUUCGCCGACCUAUACGAACCCGAAAUCCUGAACGAGCUGGCUCCCAACCUCGAGGCUUUUGCGCGAGGGCUCACGAAUCAGGGCCCGGACGAGUUCGAGGCCAUGCAAGCCAUGGAGCGAGACGCAUACGAGACCGCCUUGCGGGAUUUAGCGAGCGCCGUUGCGGCAGUUCGAUGGUCAAUGAUGGGCGCAGGACCUGCCGAAGACCCGAACUCAAUCUUUUUCAACGACUUGUUCAACGCGGAUUAUCUGGCCCAGCUGCCCGAGCAUCUGCAGACUUUUAUGAGGGGGCUUGCGAACCAGAAUUCAGCGGAUUUUGCGGCUGUGAGGGCAAUGGACAUGAUGGAGUACGCACUGGCUCUAAACGCGUUGGAGGAGAGUAUCGUAGCGAUGCGGGCGGAGGGGCUGAGCGAUGAUGCUGGAAGUGGUCAAGACGGAAACAGCCAAGGGCGAAGUAACCAAAACGCCGACGACGACAACGUACCGCUCCUCAACCUCGCUGACUUGUAUGACGAAGAAAUGUUGAGGAGGCUGGAUCCUGAUCUUGAGGAUUUCGCGAGGCAAAUCGCGGCGCAGAACCCAGCGGACGUGGGGGACAUUCGGCCUGCUCAGGGCGAUGAGAACCAUGCGGCUCUCAUGGCGCUUUUGGUGGUACAGUUGAAUGAGGUUCGAGCGCGGGCGGAGGGCAGAGCAGCAAGGAAAGGUCCCACUGCAGGUAAAGUUCCUGCUGUUAGAGGCCAAGCUCCUGCUGUGCGUGGUGCUUAUAGACAAGGUGGUGGUGAUCAGCCUCCUGGCGGUUCUUCUAGCAGUUCUUCCGAUGAUCAAAGUAACGGAGGAGGAAGGGGGUUUGGAAUAGGGGGUGGAGGGAGUUCUUCUGGUUCUUCUGGUGAUUCAGCCAGUCGAUUUAUGGAAGCUCUACUCGAAGCGGGCGAUAGGCUUCACAGAUUGACGGAAAUACCGGAGCCCAGGGACCUGCCGCGGGCGGUAUUAAACCACAUCAGACGGCGCGUGGUGCUGAUUCGAAACAAUGAUCCCGCAGUAACCGAUUACGAGGCGUGGUACAGAGCGUACAGAGAAUUACUGCGCAUUGAGCAUGUUUGCCGGGUGGGCCGCCCAGAAGAUCCAGGAGACCCUAUUGCUGCGUGGUAUGACGCAUAUAUACCACUAGCGAAUCUGCCCCGAGCAGACCGGUUGAGACUCCGGUUUCUUGGAGAUCGUGCGGCAGAGGCACUUUUAGCACUUAACGCCGAAGGAGACCAGAGAACUUGGACGUACAAGAAGAUGCUGGGUGCUGGAGGUUUUGGUGUUGCCAGACUCUAUGUCAAAACAGAUGCACGGAACAAUAUCGUAGAUAGAGUGGUUAUCAAGAUUAUGAGGAUUGGUAGACCUCAAGGCGACCAGGAAGCCAUACAGGAGGUUAACAACUGUCGGGAGAUUCGACAGCUGAAUAUCCGAUAUUGCGUGGGUAUCCGUGGAGACAAUAUGUUCCGUGUUCCCGCAAGAGUAGACCGGCCAUUGUCGACUCAACAUAGCAUAUUCUUCGAAUACUGCCCUUACGGAACUUUAGAAGACCUUAUUAAACAGUGGGCCGCGGCUGACGACCAAAUCCCAGAGCUCUACGUAUGGCACAUAUUGCGCGGGAUGGCCGAAGCGCUUUGGCACUUGGAGUGUGGAAGAACCCUUACCCAUGGCGUCGAUAAUGGCUAUCCAGCACCCUUUGUCCAUUUCGACAUCAAACCGGCGAACAUCUUCGUGGCCGAAAACACUCCUGGCUACCCAUUUGAGGACUAUAACAAGCCUGUAUUAGGUGACUUCGGCUUAGGUAGAUUCAUCCCCGACUGGGACUAUACUCAAGAUGCGGGCGGGACCCGCGGGUUCACGGCGCCGGAGAUCGACCUCCUGACCAACGAUCACGCCGAUUUUCAAAAUAACCGCGACGCUCUAGGACGGGGGCGUGCCGACAUCUGGUCGCUCGGUAUGACUAUAUGGUGCAUCAUGCGCCUCGUCACUACGCCAGCGCAGAUAUCACACAACCACCCGCACCCAGACGACCUCCCACAGCCCCACCCACUCGACGCCAUGGAUUACAUGCCUUCCCGCGCGACCUCGGGGAUGCGGCUCUACUCGCUCGACCUGGAAGAGCUAGUAACGGCCUGUUUGUCCUGGAGGCCACAGGAUCGGCCCUCAGCCGGCGACCUCGUGCGCCGCAUCAACAACUGCCUGAACAUGCGCACGGACUUGCCACGGUAUCAAGAGAAUAUAACUAUCGAAAGACUUAGGCCGCCUCUGCCAUCAAUUGCGAAUCGCGACACCUUGAGGCUGGAGCGGCGUGAUCCUGUCGGGAAUCCGCCAGCGCCCGGAACCCUCCCUAAUGAGAUCCAGUUACGCCUUCCGGUCACAGGCCAGUGGCCCGAGAGGUGGCCGGCCCCGGCGGUCCCAGACAACUAUGGGGUCGGGGGUGUGGCGCCAACUACGCCGUUCCGUAAAAACGUGUUGCAAGACCGUCAAGGCGGUCUCAUCGAUCCUCGCGCUGUGAUAGCCUCGAAGAGACGAAACAUGGCGCAGAGAGGACGCGGGGCGACUUGGUUGGGGGCUCAGCUUGGGGUCAUAGGCCAGUAGAUAGGGCAUACCGCAAUUCGACAAUCUGGAUCGGUUCAGGUAGCUCAUCUAGAGAUGUUGGACUUGAAAACAGUGGUACACUCAGCAGUUCAACACCGUCUGAGGUGGCCCGGCGGGCUAUCAGGCUUACCAAAGCUGGUACUUCAUAGAUUACAAUAACAUGCUGGAAGACCUCAAGCGGUGCUAGGCAAGUGUACAGUACUAGGCCAUACGUCUGGGCAUGUGGAUUUAUCACUGCCUGGCUCCAAUCAAUGAGGUGCGUUGGCG